UGUCAGCUCGGGCACACUGCUUUGGAUGGCUGUGCACAGCACAGCCAUUCAAAGCAGUGUGCUCACAGUGAAGUAAACCACACCCAGCACACAGUUAAUCCUUUGAUCACCCCGCAUGUUAACCCCUUCCUGCCCAGUGCCAUUAGUACAGUGUCAGUGCUUUUUUUUUUUUUUUUUAGCACUGACCACUGUAUUGGUGUCACUGGGGACGUCAGUGACACCAAGUCAGUUCCUCCCAGUGUCAGAAUGCCUGCUGCAGUCCCGCUAUAAGUCACUGAUCGCAACCAUUACUAGUAAAAAUUUUAAAUUUUUUUACUGGACAUGUUUAAUAGCAACA